GCCGAUUUUUAAUCCUCGCCUAUCAAUCUCACUCAAAAGAAGGCAAGAACUAGAAGCAACGUUUUCUUCUUUCUUUUUCAUUUUUUCUUGAUGGAGAGUAGCAAUGGAGAUGGUGAUCUCAGUGAAGCUUUGUUACCACAAGGUGGAGUUAAUAAAGAUGAUCAGAAAAGCACCAGCGAACUUGCAACAAAGGUCUGGAUUGAAACCAAGAAGCUAUGGCAAAUCGUGGGACCAGCUAUUUUCAGCAGGAUAGCUUCCUUUUCCAUGAAUAUCAUCACCCAAGCCUUUGCAGGACAUCUUGGAGACGUUCAGCUCGCUUCCAUAUCCAUAGCCAACACUGUUAUUGUCGGCUUCAAUUUUGGACUCCUGCUAGGAAUGGCGAGCGCUUUAGAAACGCUAUGUGGACAAGCUUUUGGUGCAAAAAGAUACCAGGUGUUGGGCAUUUACAUGCAAAGGUCAUGGAUUGUGCUAUUCCUGUGCUGUUUUUUGCUUUUGCCAGUUUACGUGUUUGCCAGUCCAAUCCUGAAAUGGUUAGGCCAGCCUGAUGAUGUAGCAGAGGAGACAUGGGUGGUGGCUAUGUGGCUAUUACCACUGCACUUCAGCUUUGCGUUUAUAUUCCCAUUGCAAAGGUUCUUGCAGAGCCAGUUAAAGAAUCAGGUGAUCGCAUGGGUUUCUUUGGCUGCCUUAGGGAUCAAUGUGUUCACGAGUUGGCUCUUUGUUUAUGCGCUGGAUUUUGGAGUUAUUGGUGCUGCUAUUGCUUUGGAUGUGUGUUGGUGGUUUAUGGUAUUUGCGCUGCUUUGGUAUGUUUUGUAUAGGUGUCCUCUUACUUGGUCUGGUUUUUCAGUAGAAGCCUUUUCUGGGUUAUGGGAAUUUGUCAAACUCUCUGCUGCUUCUGGAGUCAUGCUUUGUUUGGAGAAUUGGUACUAUAGAAUACUAAUAUUGAUGACUGGGCACUUGAAAAAUGCAACACUAGCUGUGGAUGCCUUGUCAAUCUGCAUGACUAUUAAUGGAUGGGAGUUCAUGAUCCCUUUGGCCUUCCUUGCAGCUACAGGGGUGAGGGUGGCAAAUGAGUUAGGAGCUGGGAAUGGCAAAGCGGCCAAGUUUGCAACGCAGGUGUCCUUGGUGGAAUCAACUAUAAUUGGUUUCAUCAUCUGUCUAAUUAUCGUGAUAUUCCACAACAAAUUUGCACUAAUAUUCACAUCAAGUAGUGAUAUUCUUGAAGAGGUGGACAAGCUCUCCAUCUUCCUAGCAGUUACCAUCCUCCUUAACAGUAUCCAGCCAGUUCUAUCAGGGGUGGCGGUGGGGUCAGGAUGGCAAGCAAUGGUUGCUUAUGUAAACCUUGGAUGCUACUACGUAAUUGGUCUCCCACUUGGAUUCCUAAUGGGAUGGGUUUUCAAAUUGAGUGUUAAGGGAAUUUGGGGAGGGAUGAUUUUUGGUGGAACUGCUGUCCAGACGGUGAUCUUGGCCAUCAUAACAAUAUAUUCAGAUUGGGAUGAGGAGGCUGAGAAAGCACGUGCUCGGCUAGCUAAAUGGUCAAGCCCCCACCCUGACGAUCAACCAGCAGAGGCUUCAAAGUGACAACACUUCUCGUGAUCACGUGAAUUUAUUUAUCUAUUUAUUCUGGGUAAAACAUGUGCAUUUAUUUUUUGCGAAGAUACAUUUCUCAACCAGCCACAUAUCGGAGGAUGAGCACUGCCUCUGCUUUUAUGGGAGCAAUUCCAACUAUAUAUUCAAAGUAUAAUUAUAUACUUAUUGAAGAUAAUGCUUUAUAUAUCAAUUAUUUAAGAUUGAUCCCAAACAAGGUUAUGACCCCGACACCAC